AGCAUCCGGUACGAAGGGUGUAGUGUUUCAAAUGGGUUUCUAGUAUUUCAUACUUCCGGUGACCGCCGAAUACCACGAACAAGGAACCAAGCUGAUUUGAUCACCUAACGACGAAUACUUAUUACAAUGGGUUCUGGGUUGUACUGGGCAUGUGUGCUGGGCGUGCUGUCUGUCUGUGUGGAAGUGCAGUCACAAACGGUGUGGAAUGUGGUGUCCUUCCCCGACCCUCGGUAUGAACCCACCAGGUGUGGACGUCACUCCGAGGUCACCGAGUCCUGGAUUUGUGACCCCAACAACAUCAUCUCAUCGGAUGACGCGUCCGCUAUAGACGCCCUGCUGAAGAUGACAGAGAGGACUACCUCAUGUGGCUGCCAAAAGUGUCGGACGGACAACAGUGGUUACGUCAUCAUGGUGGCACUCAUGCCACAGAUGAGACGAAUUAUCAACGGGUCGAACACGCUGGAAAGUAUCCUCCAAGAUGCUAGGGUGUACGCCUACUACCUCUCGCUGUACUGGGAUUUCACGUCCUGUGACCAACAAAUCCUCAUCCUGUUUGACCAGCACCAUGAUGUUGUGUACACACUGACCCAGAGGGAUGCUAGGAGAACACUCACGGACAAACUUGUCAGCGAAAUCACUUUGCAAAACAGGCGAUUCUUCGACGUUAAUGAGAAGGCUUCUAUAGCACAAGGCCUGACAAAUAUGAUUCAGAGUUAUAAGGACAUACUCCCACGUCGUGUACGCCAGUCCAGACCAACUACAGUCUAGAUCCGGAACAACGCCAUUCUCAUCACUACCGCCAUGUUCUUUGCCAGCCCGGAACAACACCAUUCUCAUCACUACCGCCAUACUCUCUGCCAGCCCGGAACAACGCCAUUAUCAUCACUACAGCCAUGUUCUCUGCCAGCGCGGAACAAUGCCAUUCAUCACUACCGCCAUGUUCUUUGCCAUCCCGGAACAACGCCAUUCUCAUCACUACCGCCAUGCUCUCUGCCAGCUCGGAACAACGCCAUUCUCAUCACUACAGCCAUGUUCUCUGCCAGCCCGGAACAACACUAUUCUCAUCACUACCGCCAUACUUUCUGCCAGCCCGCAACAACGCAAUUCUCAUCACUACAGCCAUGUUCUCUGCCAGCGCGGAACAAUGCCAUUCAUCACUACCGCCAUGUUCUUUGCCAUCCCGGAACAACGCCAUUCUCAUCACUACCGCCAUGCUCUCUGCCAGCUCGGAACAACGCCAUUCUC